GUCAGACGGGGCGGCCGCCCCGCCCCGCGCCGCGGCUCCUCCCCCGCGUCCAGUCCCGCGGGCUGAGCCGGGCCGCGCCGCGUCGCGCAGCUGCGGGGGCGCCCCGCACUCCCCGCAGCGCGGCGGCCCCCGGCCCCCGCCCGCACCCGCGCCCCGGCCCGGCCCGGCCCCGCCCGCCCGCCCGCCGGCGCCGCCGCAGCCGCAGCUCCAGCUCCAGCUCCAGCCCCUUCCGGCCGCGCGGAGCCGGCAGCACCGCGGACAGCGGCGGAGCAGGCGCCGGCCACCGCGCGCACCAUGGCCACCGAGGUGCACAACCUGCAGGAGCUGCGGCGAAGCGCCUCGCUGGCCACCAAGGUCUUCGUGCAGCGCGACUACAGCGACGGCACCAUGUGCCAGUUCCAGACCAAGUUCCCCCCGGAGCUGGACAGCCGGAUCGAGCGCCAGCUCUUCGAGGAGACGGUGAAGACCCUGAACAACUACUACGCUGAGGCCGAGAAGAUUGGGGGCAGCUCCUACCUGGAGGGCUGCUUGGCCUGCGCCACCGCCUACUUCAUCUUCCUCUGCAUGGAGACGCACUACGAGAAGGUGCUGAAGAAGAUCUCCAAGUUCAUCCAGGAGCAGAAUGAAAAGAUCUACGCGCCGCGGGGGCUGCUGCUCACCGACCCGCUGGAGCGCGGCAUGCGGGUCAUCGAGAUCUCCAUCUACGAGGACCGCUGCAGCAGUGGCAGCUCCAGCAGCUCCAGCUCCAGCUCCAGCAGCGGGGGCGGCGGGGGCGGCGCGGGGGCACGGUGACUGGCAGCGAGUCCCUGCAGGAACCUGUCCUGCCGGGACGAAGGCCGCGCCGAGGUCCGCAGGCUGCGCUACCAGAGCACCCGCUUCUGAGCCUUCUGCCCCCAGCCCUGGGGGGCACCUCUUGCUGCCCGGGGCCUGGAGGGGGGCAGGGGGCCAGGGACUGCCUGCAGAAGCCCCCUGGCACUGGGCCUGGCACCUGCUGGGGUCAGUGGCUGGUGCCGGGACAGGGGUCCCCUGUAGAGCCACGCGGCCUGUAUCCCCUCAUUCCCAGCACGACCGGGCACCUGAUCCCUCACGUUGCCAGGAUCAGGCCCUGCCCGGGCUGGGAGGGGGCAGAGGAGGCAGCUGUGGGGGCCGCUGGCUCUGAUGCCUGGGGCACCCCCUGCCCUUGUCUCCUUGCUGCUCUGCUCCUGCCACCCGUGCCAGCCCUGCCUGGUGCACAGCGGGCACAGCCUUGGCCCUGGACCCCGCGGCCUCUUCACGUAGGUGCCCGGCUGGGCGAGGGCCUGCCCGGCCGCCUGGCUCCCACCGUCAGUGUUACCCCUCCCCACAUCUCGGUGCGUGCCCUGUCCAGCAUGGUGCCGCCAGCCCCGACGCACACGCUGUGUCUGGCUGCUCAGUGCCAAAGCUGGGGCAGGGCUGGGGCAGGUGCUGCGGGCGCGGGGUGGAAGGGGGAAGCCUGGGGCAUGUCUGCCUGCCCGCCCCAGCCCUGCCCUGCCCUCCCUGCAUGACCCCGUCUCUGCCCCGCCACCCCGUGCCCAGGCCGGCAGUGCUGCUGCCACCCCGGUGCCUGGGCUGCACGCCGGGGUCUCCGUCCCACCAUGUCUGUCCAUGUGCCCCCAUGAAAGGUCAAAGGUGAAGUGCUGACCCCAAGGAAGGGGGAGGCGUGACCCCCACUCCCCGCUGCCCUGCCCCGCGCGGCCCAGGGGUCCCUGGGCACUGGAGCUCCUGCCGUCCAGCCGGGCAUGGCCUGAGAGCUGCCCCCGCCCCCACCCUGAGGGGCUGGGAGGGGUCCGGGCCCGUGCCCAGCCCGUCAUGGACCGGGAGGGGCAGCUGGACGUGGGAGCCUGGGCUGGGCUGACGCUGCCCCCGGAGGGGUCGCCAGGCAGGUGCGGGGGGUCCUGGCCCUGCUCCCUGGCCGGGGCCACAUGCCCGCGGGGAGACCCCACUACACCUCAUGCCACAAUAAACCUCCUGCUUCUCCCA